AUGGCAGUGGAUCGGUACACCCACGGCCACCACAGCAGCGUCGUUGCACAGCAUUCUGCCCGAACUGCCGAAGACUGCGCGAAGUUUCUGCUGCCCCACCUGCAGGAGGACUUCUCCCUUUUGGACGUCGGCUGCGGCCCAGGCUCCAUCACCCGAGGCUUUGCGAAGUACGUCAAGUUUGUGAAGGGUGUGGACAACUCAGAGACGGUGAUUGCUCAAGCACGCGAUGCAGACACUGGCGAAUGUGGCGAAGGGAACGUCGAGUUCGAAACAGCGAGCAUCUACAGUCUGCCUUAUGAGGACUCCACCUUCGACGUGGUGUUUGCCCACCAGGUGUUGCAGCAUUUGUCUGAGCCAGUUGCAGCUUUGCAGGAGAUGCGGCGUGUCUGCAAGCCAGGGGGCCUCAUAGCAGUCAAGGAUGCGGUGUAUUCCACGAUGCGGGGAUAUCCUGCACUGCGGGGAAUUGACAAGUGGCGGGACGUCUAUAUGGCCACCGCACGCCAGAACAAAGCCGAGCCUGAUGCAGGGCUGUUCUUGAAGGAAUGGACUUCGUUCGUGCCCAACAAAGUUUGGGACCUUAGCAUGCUGACGGCUGCCCACUAUGCUUUACUGCCACUCUGGACCUUGGCAAGGAUAAGUGCAUCUGAGGGUUGCAAUGGCCAUGCUUUCUCAGAUGCUGCUGGCCUACUUCAAAGGAAGGUGAUUCCUAGACAAAACCCAGAUUGCUGUGAGAAGCCGUACCCCUUCAUUUGGGACAAUGAUGCCAACUAUGAUGACACACUUGCCUUCCUGUACUUGGCUAACAGUCCCAACUUGGACUGGAAGGCUAUCACCGUUGAGGCGGUUGGCAUGGCAACUCCGCACGGAGGACCGACCAACAUUGCAGCUGUGGCGAAGCUGCUGGGGAAGGAAAACGUGCCCAUUGCAUUCGGACAGGAGCACAGCCUCAGCCCGGUUGCAACGAUGCCCUUGCAGUGGCGCGUGGAGUUGGACGGCUUCUUUGAGAGCAUGUUCCGCAACAAGACCUUGGAGGAAACCGAUGCAGCUGUCUCUGACCUAUCCGCCGCAGAGCUCAUCUUGAAAGUCUUAAAGGAGUCGGAGUGUCCGGUCGUGAUUUUGACGACAGGGCCUGUUACAAACCUUGCCGCCGCUCUUGAGGCAGACCCUUCUGUGGUAGAGAAUAUCCGUUCGGUUUUUAUGAUGGGUUCUGCGUAUGGAGUUCCUGGCACGAAUAACGUGUACGAUUGGCAGAUGACCUUCAAUGGCGUCAAAGGGUCCUGCAAUGAGGAUGGUGGCCAAACUGACACAGGCCUCUCUCCUCCCCUCGUGGUGGAUGGUGACAAGGUCCUAGUUCGGCCAGAGUGUCGCGGAGUUGACAUGUCUAAGCAUGGAGACACGGAGUGGAAUGUUUUCAUGGAUGUGCGAGCAUGGCGCAUGGUCUAUGGUUUCCUGACAAGCUCCAAGGCGGAUGUCUAUGUUCUUGCAGCAAAUGCAACGUUAAACUUGCCUGUUGUGCUAGACGAGAUGGAGGAGUACGCAAGUACCAUCUUUGAUCCAGCUCUGCGCAUUUUCACGGUGGCACUUGCCCAGGCAUUCCUUGGAGCUGGAGAGGCAAAGUGGUGGGAUGCCCAAUGCGCCGUGGUUAUGGACCAAGUGCUUUCUGGCCAGAGCAUUGGCGUUUGCUCCAAGUGGGCACAACAAAGGACCACCAGUGUCUCGCUGGUCUGGCGCUCAGACCUGAACGACACGGAACUGAACCCGUAUGGCAGCAUCUACGAUGAUGCGGAUGCACACGCUCCACCCAUUGAUUACUGCCUGCAGGGGAACGCUACGCAGAUGUGGGAGGUGUAUUGGCCAGUGGUCAACGUCAAUCAAGACGAGGCAACCGCAAAAGCGCCAAAAGACACGCCCGGAUACAUCCGUGGAGAUUGUGUGGCCUCCCUUGUGCUGAAGGCCGGCAACGUCGAGGGAGAGGAGAGCAACGAGCUUGGAUAUUUGGCUGGAAGUGCCACAAAUCAAAGUGGCAGGAGAAGCCACCUUGCGGCCCCGGACUGCCUAGCGCUGCAGGAAGUGAUCCACGAGGCAGUGCGACAGACGCAGAUUUCGCCGCUGGAUGUCGAUGCUGUGGAAAGCUUUGCUGACGCAAAGAUCCUUCAUGAUUCUCUGGAGGCAACUGCGUAUGCACGAGCAUAUCGUCCACAGGGGACCGUGAACGUCGACGAGUCAGCUCCACUUGCAAUCAUCUCUGCCAAAUCUGGCGCCGGCAACCAGCUGGAAGCCAUGGGCUUGUCACAGAUACUCAAGGUGAUUCUGGGAUCACGUGUGGCAGCUAUCCAGCCUACACCACAUCUCAGGAUCAUGAACCCCCACAUUGACUUGGAGAUGUGUGACAGGAAUGCUGUGCUUCCCAGCGAAUGCCUUGACUUCCGACUGACGUCAACUUUCACAGGAAUCCUGAACCGCAGCAUCGCUGGGACCAACUGUCAUGCAAUCAUCUUUGCCAAGGUGCCCACGGAGAUCUACCGGCCCAGGAAGCCCAUGCUAUCGACGUACAAGGAGCCCAUUCAGCCGAUUCUCUUCUGGCCCAAGGGAGGCGGCGCGCUGCCAGAAGAUAUGCAGCCGCGGAUGGGGUACAGCAUCAUGGGCACCUUCAACAGGUGGCGCCCGCAGCCCAUGCAAGCAGAGGGCCCAGGUGUGUACGGGGCCACCGUCAUCCUGAGUGAAAACAGGUGGGAGCGUUUCCAAAUUGCCGUUGAUGGAGAUGCCACGCGGGUCCUUCACCCGAUCCUGCCCCAGGGCGACAAGUGCUGCCCAGUUGCUGGUCCCGAGGCCGCGCUUCAGAUUCUGAGCUGGCACAUCGAGGGCCGCAGAGCACUCGAACCGCAGGCAGACUACCCGCCGGACAGUGGCCAGCUGAAGCAGCUCACCAAUGGUGCUUGGACGACCAUCGUGCCGGACGAGUUGCCGGUUUUCGAUGAUUUGGCAGCCGUUCCCGGCGACAGGUUCCGAGUCCGCCUGCAUGUGCAAGGCCGCUGGAGGAUGGUGGACUGGGAGAAGUUGCCGAAGGGUGAGGCUGACGAGGAGGACACGCCGGCUGAUCGAGCUUUCCGGGCAAGUCUAGAAGGACUUGUGGGCACUUACCAGGUUGUUGGCAGCUGGAACAUGCUUGAUUGCCAGGCCAUGAAGCCCGACCCAGCUCGGAGGCAAGUUCACCGAGUUGAGGUGACGAUCCCUGUAGAUGGAGAUCAUACUUUCCACCUCCUGCGGAAUGAGGACCGCAGCCAGGUGAUCGGGCCCGAAGGGCAGUUGUCCAGGGUCCCUGGCAAGGCCUUGCUCCGUGCAUGGGACCAGCGCAGUUCCAUCAACUCUUGGGCACUUCGUGGCCAUGCUGGCGACGUGUUCAGGAUAGAGUUCGAGCGACAGAACGAAGCGGGAGAGGACAAGAUGAAGGUGAGCUGGGAACGCAUCAGCACCAACGCGGAAGUGCCACAGGAAUGCAAGCUGAUGCACGUCCGGAGGAAGUACAUGGUGCGGCUUUGCUUCGAUUCCUGGAGCGACCACUCCUACAAGAUGGCUUGGCAAGGCAAGUACUACCACUUGUUCAUAGAGCUCAACGAGCUUGCGAAGGUCAGCUUUGUCGUCUACGAGGACGGCCUGACCUCCAGAUGCUUGGUUCCUUCAGCAAAGGAUGCGAAUCCGCAUGAAAGCCACGACCUGCAAGGGCCAGGCCCCGAGACCGAGGGCCUCUUCUGGACGAUUGGUGCUCAUGAGAAGGAUAAAGCUCAAAUUGGAAGCCGCUACGAGCUGCGGCUACACCUGGGAGAGGGCAAUGUUCCGAUGUCCGUCGACUGGGUGCAAGUAAAGACGACAAAAGGUCUUGAGGACGCCGCUGCGAAGGGCCACUUUGUUGCGUGGCUGCCGGCUGCAAGCAGUAGCUGA